CAGCAACCAGGAAAAACAUCCAAAGAAAGCAGCUCCCAAGAUCCGAUCAGAUCCAUUCAACCCACUCUCUCUCUCCCCCUCUAAACCGUCUCCCAUCCCUGUCUUCUGCAUCCUUCCCACACGCUCUGAAAUUUUAUCUUUGCAUCUCUAAUUCGAGUUCCAUAAAUCGCCUUUGGCACUAGGGUUUCCAGAGAGAACGGGUCCCAGUGCUUGAAAUUCUACUAGGAAUGUGUUAGAUCGAUGCGUGGGCUUCUUGAAGCUCUCAGUUCUGGACGCUGACUGCAUGAAGUUUUGGUGCAAUUUAAGCUUUAACGAAGGAGAAGACGAGGUGAUGAGAGGGGGAGAUAAUCGUCUAAACUCAAAGGAGGAGGAGCGCGUAUUCGGAAAUGAUGGUCUAUCUGAUGACGACGUUGGAAAUGAUGAGCAGCCUUUAGUCGGCAGUGAUGCCCCUUUAGCUGUCGAGUUUAUUGAGCGUGAGACCGACGAUCAAUUCAGGGUGUUUGAGGAGAUGGUUAGGGCCGUGCGGGUGGGUGGCUUUGCUUCUUGGACCAAUACGGCGCUGUACGAGGGCGAGAGUAGUUCGGCUGCCGCUGUUGUUGCCGCUGGUCUGCAGAAUGGCACGGAGGAUAGUCGCGAUUAUCACCACAAGCGCGCUAAAUUUCACUCUGAUUUCGAUAAAUGUCGAUUUGCCACUUCAACAUCUUCAGAUACUGGGAAAUCAAAUACAUCUAUGGACUAUGGAGAUUUUGAGAAUAUCCCUGGAUCAUGUCUUCGAUAUAAUAACGACUCAUGUUAUGAUGCUUUUGCAUUGAUGAAUAAUACCGGUGAGGAGAAUGACUUGGAUUCUAGUCUUGUGAAUGACAGUGAAGGAAAUGACCAUGACAUCUCAAAUGCAGAAGAUCUAGAGGUCAAAAUGGAUCUUACGGAUGACCUACUGCAUAUGGUUUUUUCAUUUUUGGAUCAUCCCAAUCUCUGCAAAGCUGCUAGAGUUUGUAAGCAAUGGCGUGCUGCUAGUGCUCAUGAAGACUUCUGGAAGUUUUUGAAUUUUGAAGACCGGAAUAUAUCUGCCCAGCAAUUUGAGGACAUGUGUAGCCGUUAUCCAAAUGCCACAGCAUUGAGCAUUUCUGGUCCUGCUAUGCACAUGCUUGUUAUGAAGGCCAUCUCUUCAUUAAGAAAUCUUGAGGUUUUAACGCUGGGAAAAGGACAAAUAUUGGAUAACUUUUUCCAUGCUUUAGCCGAUUGUACUAUGCUGAAAAAAUUAAACAUCAAUGAUGCUACACUUGGCAAUGGUAUACAAGAAAUCUCUAUUUACCAUGAUAGAUUGUGUCAUCUUCAAUUAACAAAAUGCCGUGUAAUGCGUAUAUCAGUCAGGUGCCCUCUGCUUGAAACUAUGUCAUUGAAGCGCAGUAGCAUGGCCCAGGCUGUGGUUAAUUGCCCCUUGUUGCAUGAGCUUGACAUUGGCUCUUGCCACAAGCUUCCAGAUGCUGUUAUUCGCUCAGCUGCGACCUCAUGUCCUCAGUUAGUGUCGCUGGAUAUGUCGAACUGUUCAUGCGUCAGUGAUGAAACACUGAGGGAAAUAGCCCAGAAUUGUGCUAAUCUUAGUAUUCUUGAUGCGUCCUACUGUCCAAACAUAUCUUUGGAGUCUGUUAGACUGCCAAUGUUGACAGUUCUCAAGAUUCACAGUUGCGAGGGUAUCACUUCUGCCUCAAUGGCUGCAAUAGCUCAUAGUUACAUGUUGGAGGUUUUGGAGCUUGAUAAUUGCAGCCUAUUGACUUCUGUGUCUUUGAAUCUUCCACGUUUGCAGAAUAUCAGAUUGGUUCAUUGUCGCAAAUUUGCUGAUCUGGACUUGAGAACCAUGAUGCUAUCGUCUAUACAAGUCUCUAAUUGCCCAGUGCUCCACCGCAUCAACAUAACAUCGAAUUCACUUCGUAAAUUAGCGUUACAAAAGCAGGACAGCUUAAUCACGCUAGCUCUGCAAUGCCAAUCUUUACAAGAGGUGGACCUUUCUGAGUGUGAAUCUUUGACAGACUCUAUAUGCAAAGUUUUUAGUGACGGUGGAGGAUGCCCUAUGUUGAAUUCACUAGUUCUUGAUAAUUGUGAGAGCUUGACAUCAGUGAGAUUCGCCAGUACCUCUUUAGUCAAUCUUUCCCUUGUUGGUUGCCGGGCAAUCAGUACUCUUGAGCUCUCUUGCCCUAAACUUGAGAAAGUUAAUUUGGAUGGUUGUGAUCAUUUGGAAAGAGCAUCGUUUAGUCCUGUUGGUCUUCGAUCUCUUAAUUUAGGAAUAUGUCCAAAAUUAAACACACUCGACAUUGAGGCACCAAAUAUGAUCUCACUUGAAUUGAAAGGAUGUGGCGUACUUUCUGAAGCAUCCAUUAACUGUCCCCUGUUGAUAUCUCUAGAUGCUUCCUUUUGCAGCCAAUUGACGGAUGACUGCUUAUCUGCAACAACUGCCUCGUGCCCACUGAUAGAGUCAUUGAUAUUGAUGUCAUGCCCAUCAGUUGGUUCAGAUGGACUUUGUUCUCUGCGUUGGCUUCCAAAUCUCACUGUUCUUGAUUUAUCUUAUACUUUUUUGACGAACUUGGAGCCUGUUUUUGAGUCUUGUGCACAAUUAAAGGUAUUAAAGUUACAGGCAUGCAAGUAUCUCACUGACUCGUCACUUGAGCCUCUUUACAAGGGAGGUGCUUUACCAGCACUUCAGGAGUUGGAUUUGUCAUAUGGAACUUUAUGUCAGUCUGCCAUAGAGGAGCUUCUUGCAUGCUGCACACACCUCACCCAUGUGAGCCUGAAUGGCUGUGCUAAUAUGCAUGAUCUGAAUUGGGGUUAUAGUCGUGGACAGAUCACUGAGUUGCCAGCUGUAAACAUGUCUAGUAUGAUCUCACAUGAGGAUGUCCUUGAACAAAGUGAGCAAUCCAGCCGUUUACUCCAGAAUCUCAAUUGCGUGGGAUGUCCAAAUAUUAGGAAAGUUCUCAUUCCACCUUUGGCACAUUGUUAUCAUUUAUUAUAUUUAAACCUUUCUUUGUCGGUUAACCUGAAGGAGGUUGAUAUUGUUUGUCUCAACCUAUGUUUUCUUAAUUUAAGCAACUGUUCAUCUUUGGAAACUUUGAAGCUAGAAUGUCCGAGAUUAAGCAGUCUAUUUCUUCAGUCCUGCAACAUUGAUGAGGAAGCUGUUGAAGCUGCUAUCUCCAAAUGCAGCAUGCUGGAGACUCUUGAUGUUCGGUUCUGUCCAAGGAUAAGCUCAAUGAACAUGGGUAGAUUACGAGCUUCUUGUUCCAGUUUGAGGCGUAUAUUUAGCAGCUUGUCAACUUCAUAAUCUCGAUCUUGCAUAAAAAAUGUUGCCGUGCCAACUUGCUUCGAGUUAAAGGCACCCUAGAUUUCAUUUGAUGAUGCCCAUGUAUUGUAAAUUGUUAACGACUCGAUUGUUUAAUGCUUGGCAUAUGAGUUAUGUAGCUAUAUUUAUGUAUUACAUCAUCUUUCUUGAGUUCCAGUGGUUACUCGU